CUAUCACUAAACAUUCAAUCCAUUCAUCAAAUUCCUAUCCGAAUAUGCCUAGUACCGCCCUGCGCACUUCGUUCCAAAUUUGUUUUGAUGUGUGCCGCGCGCAACCUCCUCCUGACCGACCCAAACAAACACAUUCCCUCCGGAAGUGUGAAAACCUCUGAAUUUUCAUAAAACACCCUGACAAUCACCGCCCGUCGCCAUGGACCUCCUCGGGUCGAUCAUGAACUCGAUGGAGAAGCCUCCGUCGCUGAGCGAAAAGGAGCGUGACAUAAUGAAAAAACGCAAAGCUGAGUAUGAAAAACGCAAAGAAGCAGAGAAACAACGCUUCAAACAGUUCAAGGAGGACAUUGAGAAGAAGUGUCACACAUAUUUUGCUGAUCCAAAGAAUACUUAUUUGAAGUUCCAACCAAUGGACCACAUUUACAGGAGUAUUAUUCAUGAAAUAGCAGAAUCACAAGGUUUAAUCUCUUACGCCUUUGGUACAGACGGUGUAGACCGAUACAUACGCAUAUAUCGCAAAGAAAACGCGCCGUGUGAGGAUGAACUCGCUGUAAGACGCCGUGGAGAUCCUUGGAAUGAAGAAAUUAGACAACAAUUGAUUGAAAGUAGAAAACAAGAACAACUAGAAGUCGUUGACGACACAAAACGCAAACGAAAAUCAGAGAAAUUCAUACCAAACAGUAACUACAAAGAUAAAUACGCGCACCUCAUCGGUCAGGACGCCGCACUGGAAGCAGCGAAGAAGACAGAAACAAAUAAGAGCUACGGAUUUGUUCCUAGUGAAAAUAAAAAAGAUCAACGCUCCAUAGAACAAACGCUCAUCGAUAUCCGAGCAAAAAAGCGACAAAAACUGACUCAGGAAAGCGAUCAGGAGCAUCCGGACGCAUCAAAGUCGUCAAACACGAGUCAAACGACUCUGUAGGUAUGCUGUUUAGUUGAUUUAACUUUAGAAUGCAUAAUUUAUUUAUAAUUUUAACUCCUUAAACGAUUACACUUGCGCGAAUCAUGCGAAUAACGCAGAUGGUUUUCUUUGUUUUUGUGUGUCUGUUGUUACAUAAAGCUAGAAAUUGAAAACGUAUUACCUCUGAUUAUAAAUAUUCGCUGGAGGAAUAUUUAGUGAUGUUACGCUUUGUCGGCGAGAUGCCCUGCAAUAAAGCCGCGUUCUCCUUCUUCAAA